AUGCCACGAGAUCAAGGGUCCUGCCAGCUGCUUCCAAACGAAAUCCUCGAGCUCUUUGUAGACCAAGUCGGAAAUUUAAGGAGUCCAGUCGAGCGCCGGAUCACCCUGCAGGCUUGCUCUCUGGUUUCCAUCGCAUUUCGAAAUCGCGCGCAUCAUCACUUAUUCUCCAAUGUCGAGUUUACUCAGCCUUCAUAUUCGGUCCCGUCGAAGUUGUUCUACAGGCUCAGGAAGUUUAGAGAGGUUGUUACCUCUGGACUUGGCUUUCAAAUGACCAGUCUUUUGCACCACGUCCAGUCAUUCACUCUUGUCAUGGAUGGGUCGGUGUUCGACGCUUACACGACAAUGAAUAACGAAGACCUCACAACAAUCAUCAGGAUGCUAUGCAAGCAUAGCACUGCAAUCCACACAACGACGUUGCUAGGUUCUUCCAUGCGCAUUUUCUGGCCGUAUCUGACUAGAGACUUUCGUGAGGCGUUCAAGGAAUUAUGUCGGGUGCCGUCCAUGCGCACGCUCCAUUUGGAGAACUUGUGUAGUGUUCCAGCGACAUUUUUACUGGGAACAAAAAUCAAAAACAUCCGCCUCCACCUUGUAACAAUAUUCAGUCCCAUUCCCGGUUUGCCUGCGUUCAACUGUCUCUGGGAUUCUGUCGGCCAGCUGCAAGCUGUAGAUAUUGACCAUACAUUCCCAUUUUUCAUAGAAGAGAUCAUUGGAUCGGACACCAUGCGCACCCGCACAGUCUCUCUGGAAAAAUCGGCAGAGAAAGUGAACUUGUCGAGCAUCAAGCUGCUGAGGUACACUUUCCAUCUGCCCGACGACUUACAGAGGUUUACGCAAAUCGCCUUGGCCAUUCACUCCCUCGAAGCCGUGUCUGUUGUGUUCGAUGACACGGACUCGAGUGGGUUCCGCCGGGCGAUUGGAGACCAAAUACCAUUGCAUGAACUUCCCGCUCUGAGGACAGUGGCGAUCGGUCAUAAAUCUUCAAUCAACACGGGAAUUCGGGGUCCAUUGUUGAAGAUGUUGGAUGUACUGAAGUCUCUGUCUGUUCCUCGAACACUGGAGUGCAUCGAGUUGUCUUUUGAGAUUCACUCGCAUCCACCGUGGUUCAAGUUGACGGAAUUCUUUCCAGAGACAAAGACGUGGGCAUUGUUUGAUAAGUUAUUGACUCAUGAAACAUUCGACUCAGUGAAAAGGGUCAGGUUGAACCUGCGUUAUACGACGUUACAGGCGCAGCCGUGGACUUUCGAUGAGCAAUUCUUUGUACAGAGAUGCCAUGGGUACCUGUCUGAGGUUUUCCCGUUGUUGAUGGGGUCGGCGUCGAAGGAGCUCAUGGCCGAUGUUUCGGUUCUUCCGCUGGGCGAAGAAUUGGACAUGCUGGUGUUUACUACUUAA